AUGACUGUUGUAGCUGGGGAUGACACAUACAUGCCAGAAGAUGACGGCCAGCCAGUACCCUUGAUACAAGCAGAACUCAAUGAUAACACGAGGCCUGGACCUUUCAAAGGAGUCUGCUCAGCUGCUGGGUUCACGUCUCAAAGAGAAACAUAUUCUUACCCUCUCGUUGAACCGAACGAAACACCGCUUCCAUCCUUACAUAUCAAGUUAGGAUUAAUGAAGAACGUUGGGAAAGCAAUAGAGAGGGAAGGCAGCUGGGUUGCUUUCCCACAGGAGGAGGUUAUACGGAUAAGCAAGGCUAGUAUACUUGACGGCUCUCAGAUAAGAGAACCCAUGAAAGACCUAAUUCUUGACGAAGCUGAACUGUCCGCCUGGCAGUCACUGAUGUCAGUAGUUACAAACUUCCUGGGAAACCUCCAGAGUGCAGAAUACGUGAAGGAAAUUGAAGAGCUAGUGAAGAUUUUCCGCCAACUCGGGGCACGAAUUUGUGGGGGUGGGGUACGUGUCGACAUUUCUCUUUCUUGGAAUUGCAUCUUUAUCUCCUUUCAUCUUCCUUCUUCGUGGAGUGCAUUUAUUGUCUUUCUUUCUUCUAAGAUUAACUUUUUUUUUUUCUUUCAAAUUUCUGCUUUAAAUUAUAUCUUCGGUUUUGUUUUCUCCACGUCAGUUUUAUUCCAUUAUUUUCUCUGUCGUUUUUUCUUUCAUUUUAUCUUCGCUUCAAAUGUGUUUUCUUUCUUUCUUUCUUUCUUUCUUUCUUUCUUUAUUUCUUUCUUUCUUUCUUUUCUUUCACGUUCCAUAGAAUAA